AAUUUCUGGUUCCGCCACAGACGUUAAACUGAGUUCUUCGCGUGUGGAGGCACAUUUAAAGGCAUCAAAAAAUGCUUCUAGUUACCUUUACCCUAGUGUCGUUGGCUGCAGGGCUGCUGUAUGCCGUCUUCAUAUGGAACUACGAUUACUGGAGAAAACGCGGGGUGCCGGGACCCAAGCCGAAGCUUUUGUGCGGCAACUAUCCUCACAUGUUCAAUCUGAAGCGUCAUGCCAUCUACGAUCUGAACGACAUCUAUAGGCAGUAUAAGGACAAGUACGAUGCUGUGGGCAUUUUUGGCUCCCGCACUCCGCAGCUGUUGGUUGUAAAUCCCCAGUUGGCACGUCGAGUAUUGGUGUCCAACUUCAGAAACUUCCACGACAAUGAGAUUUCCAAAAGCGUUGAUGAAAAAAGCGAUUUUAUUUUUGCCAACAAUCCGUUCACCUCAACCGGCGAAAAGUGGAAGAGCAGGAGAUCGGACGUGACCCCUGGCUUAACAAUGGGACGGAUCAAGACAGUCUAUCCGGUGACGCACAAGGUGUGCCAGAAGCUGAGCGAGUGGACGGAAAAGCAAAUACGUCUAGGUUCUCCUGAUGGUAUCAAUGCCAAGCAUAUGAGUCUCUGCUUUACAACCGAAGUGGUCACCGAUUGCGUUUUGGGCCUGAGCGCCGAAAGCUUUUCGGACAAGCCCACUCCCAUUGUGUCGCAUAUCAAGGACCUGUUCAACCAGCCGUGGACCUUCGUCCUUUUCUUCUUGCUGUCUACUAUCUUUCCAUCGCUGAGCCAUUUGAUUAAGAUGCGUUUCAUACCGCGCAAAGUGGAACGCUUCUUCGUCGACCUGAUGGGCAGUGCAUUGGCGGCUCGUCGCGCCCAGCUGACGGGUGAAAAACAGUUCGAGCGGUCCGACUUCCUGGACUACAUCCUGCAGCUCGGCGAGAAGCGCAAGCUGGACAAUCGCCACUUACUCGCCUACUCCAUGACCUUCCUGCUGGACGGAUUCGAAACGACGUCCACGGUUUUGGCUCAUAUGCUCCUCAACCUGGGACGUAAUGGUCGGGCACAGGAGCUUCUGCGUCAGGAGAUCAACGCCCAUCUCGAGAAUGGCCUCAUAAACUUUGACAAACUUAACGACUUGCCCUAUUUGGAUGCUUGUCUGCAGGAAACCAUCCGCCUCUUCCCUCCCGGAUUCACGUCCAAUAAAAUCUGCACCGAAUCCAUCGAGAUUCCCAACAAGGAUGGCCCCAAUUUCGUGGUGGAGAAGGGCACCACUGUUGUGAUACCUCACUAUUCCUUUAUGGUGGAUGAAGACUUCUUUCCCGAUCCUCAGUCCUUCCAGCCCGAACGUUUCAUGGAGCCCGAUGCGGCCAAAACAUUCAGGGAACGGGGUGUCUACAUGGGAUUCGGAGAUGGUCCGCGCGUUUGCAUUGGAAUGCGAUUUGCAACAACGCAGAUAAAGGCAGCUAUUGUGGAACUGAUCUCAAAAUUCAAAGUCAAGAUUAAUUCCAAAACCCGCCAGGACAAUCAGUUCGACCCUGUUCAAUUCUUUAUUACUUUGCGAGGCGGCAUUUGGUUAGACCUGGAAAAACUUUAGAGAACCAAUGUACCCGUAUACUUUAUUGCCCUAUGAGAGGCGAAAUAAAUGCUUUGCUUAACAAUA